AUGCAACAAUUAUGGGCUACUAAGUGUUCGUGGGAUGAUCCAAUUCCACCCCCUCUCAUGAAAAAAUGGCACAAUUAUCACACGCAGCUAAUUAAACUACGUAAUAUCUCUUUGCCACGAUGGACAGCCUUCGGUUCCGACACAAGUCACUGCGAGCUUCACGGCUUCGCUGACGCAUCGUCCGUCGCAUACGCCGCUGUCAUAUAUCUUAAAGUGAUCUCGCUCAUGGGAUCAGUUACUGUUUCGCUAUUAAUAGCAAAAUCAAAAGUCGCGCCUCUUAAGCCCUUGACAAUUCCAAGACUCGAACUAUGCGCUGCUGCGCUUUUAGCACGAACAAUGUCGUUUGCCAGAACGACAUUAGAACUUUCGACAAUUCCAUGUCAUUGCUGGACGGAUUCAACCGUCACUCUCUCUUGGCUACGCCAAUCUCCAUCUCGAUGGAAAACGUUUGUCGCGCAUCGAGUGCACGAUGUGCAAACUCUAAUACCUGAUGCCACGUGGCAUCAUGUUCCGACUCAUCAGAAUCCCGCGGAUCUAGCAUCACGCGGAGUUACCGCUUCCUCGUUCGCGGAGAGCUCACUGUGGUGGCAAGGCCCCGAGUGGCUCAAGCUUCCUUCAAGUAUGUGGCCGAAUGAAUCUCGGCAAGAUCACGACACCUCGCUCGAAAAACGUUCGACCCUCGUCGUACAAACUCUCGAUAUCGAAUCUCAAUGGGACUUAGCUUCCCGCUAUUCUUCAUGGCCGAAGCUUCUUCGCAUAACGGCCUAUCUAAUCCGCUUUAUUAAUAAGCUUCGAAAUCGUAUAUACAAAAAGCGGUCGUCAAACGACGAAUCCGAUUCUAUUCCAUCCGAUAUAAUUUCGGUGGACGAAUACAAACACGCGCGACUAUUUUGGUUACGCGUCAUUCAACAAAAUCUUUUUCUCGAUGAUGUGCGUCGAUUAAAAAAUUCGAAACCCGUAGCGAAAACUAGCAAACUAAUCUCACUUAAUCCAUUCUUGGAUGACGAUGAUUUAAUUCGCGUAGGCGGUCGAUUACGAAAAUCCGACCUUUCAUAUAACGCUAAAUGUCCUCUCAUUCUAGCAGCACAUCCACUCGUUACGUUGAUAAUUCAACACGCUCAUCUGCGUUCGCUCCACGCGGGCACGCAACUAACAUUAUGUGUUUUACGCGAAGAAUUUUGGAUUCUUCGCGCUCGUCAAACUGUGCGAGCCGUCUUGUAUCGUUGCAUUACUUGCACGCGCGAAAAGGCGGUUAUCCCCAGUGAACUCAUGGGCGAUCUCCCGGCAAUGCGCAUUCGACAAGUCGAUCGCGCAUUCUUACAUUGCGGACUUGACUAUGCCGGGCCCGUUCCUGUCAGAUUAAAUUCAGGCCGUGGAUACAAAUCUCAGAAGGCCUACAUUGCCGUAUUCGUCUGUAUGACGACGCGCGCAAUACAUCUCGAUUUAGUCAGCGAUUAUACUACCGCCGCGUUUCUCGCAGCAUACGCGCGCUUCUGCUCUCGGCGCGGGAUGCCGACCGAUUUAUAUUCCGAUAACGCAAAGAAUUUUCGCGGAGCUGAUCGCGAAUUGAAAGCUGCAAUUCAUGCAGCAAAACAAGAUUCAAACUUGCGAAGCAAACUGUCGUGCGACGGUGUCCGUUGGCACUUCAUUCCCCCUUCCGCGCCUCACUUCGGAGGCCUAUGGGAAGCCGGCGUUCGCAGCGUCAAAUAUCAUCUCAAACGCGUUAUCGGUUCACACACGCUGACAUUCGAAGAGCUUACGACGCUGCUCUAUCAAAUCGAAGCGUGCCUCAACUCACGUCCGAUAGCUCCGAUGUCAGAUAAUCUUGAUGAUUAUUCAUGUCUGACACCGGGUCAUUUCUUAAUUGGUAGCGCUCUCACAACGCCGCCAUCUCCUACGCUACUAGAAACAAAAGAAACGCGCCUGACUCGCUGGCAACUCGUGCAGCAAAAAAGCGAAGUUAUUUGGAAAGCAUGGUCAAAUGAUUAUUUAACCGGAUUACAACAGCGCUCAAAAUGGCGCGUCGCUCAAAAACUCGCCCGAGUCGGACGCCUAGUUCUUUUGCGCGAUCCCCUUGCACCACCGUGCAAGUGGGAACUCGGUCGUAUCAUUGAAUGCCACACCGGAGACGACGGACUAACGCGCGUCGUCACUGUGAAAACGUCAAAAUCGACGUAUAAACGUUCCAUAGUGAAACUAUGUUUCUUACCCGUUGAUUUAAACGAAACGUCCACAUGA